AUGCCUUCACUGAAUCAAACCACCACCACGGUUGGACUAGUCCUUAUCCUGACCAUCGCCUUCUUCCCCACGAUUUUCAAUUACAUAUUCUGCACCUUGCCAUUGGCAGUCCUCACCGGAAACCUCUCGCGUUUGACGGUGUCGUCAACGGCCAAUCGCCCGUCUUCUUACACAUCCCACCCAUCCGCCAAAAUGAGCUGGUUCCAGAAGCAAUUCACACUGCCCGCGAAGUCUCGGGGCUCGUACCUGAUCACUGACACGGUGGUGAAGGAGAUUCCUGAGAUCAAGAACUACAAGGUUGGCUUGCUCAACUUGUUUGUUCAGCACACAAGCUGUGCGCUCUCCCUAAACGAAAAUUGGGAUGAAGACGUGAGGGAGGAUAUGAGCAAUGCUCUCGAUCGCAUUGCGCCUGCUGCUGGUCCAAAGGGCGAAUCUCUAUACCUGCACAGCGCUGAGGGUCCUGAUGAUAUGCCGGCUCACAUCAAGUCGGCACUGGUUGGAGCCUCUGUUACGAUACCGAUCUCGAACGGCAAACUCGCAACAGGAACCUGGCAAGGAAUCUGGUAUCUCGAAUUCAGAGCUUCCAAGCAUCAACGCAAGAUUGUUGCCACGAUUCAAGGCGAGAAGAUGUAA